CGGGCGAGCUCAAAUGGAUUGAUUGAGCUUCCUUCUCAUCCGCAUCAAUCACCUCGUUUCGCCUCAACAGCUAGUGUUUCACCCCUACUUGGUCGCCCACGAUGACCUCUGCGGCCUUCGACAACGAAGAGAUUGCCGCUUCGAUGCAGCGCAGCGAGGAGUACAAGAUCUGGAAGAAGAAUUCUCCCUACCUCUACGACCUCGUCGUCACCCAUGCCCUCGAGUGGCCUACCCUCACCUGCCAGUGGUUCCCCGACUCGGAUCAACCCUUAGCUAGCACCAGCAGUAGUGGCAACUCUCGCUCCAGCGACAAGCCCUACACGACGCAUCGCCUCCUCAUCGGCACGCACACCUCGGAGCAAGACCAGAACUACCUCCAAAUCGCCCAAGUACAGCUUCCCAAUCGCGAUGUGUCCCUCUCUGAGGCUCAGUACGAUGACGACAAGGGUGAAGUAGGGGCGUAUGGAGGCAAUGCUGCAAGGGUCAAAAUUGUCCAGAAGAUCAAUCAUGAUGGCGAGGUGAAUCGCGCGAGGUACUGCCCACAGAACAUCGACUUGAUUGCGACCAGGACAGUCAUGGGGCCGACGUACAUCUUCGAUAGGACAAAGCAUAGCUUGAACCCUAGCACCGAUGGCAAGUGCAGGCCGGAUAUGGUGUUGAAGGGGCAGAGCAAGGAAGGCUACGGAUUGUCGUGGAGCCUGCUUAAGCAGGGUCACAUCCUCGCCGCUUCGGAGGAUACGACUGUCUGCCACUGGGACAUCAACCAAUACAAAAAGACUGAGCGUACCCUGCAACCUCUCCAGACCUACCGCGGUCACACAGCCUUCGUAGAGGAUGUGGCUCACCACCACUUCCACGAGUCCCUCUUCGGCUCCGUAGGCGACGACCGUCAGUUCCUCAUCUGGGACGACCGCAACCCUGGCUCUGCCGGUCCCAAGCAACGCGUAGCAGACGCACAUGCUGGAGAGAUCAACUCGCUCGCCUUCAGCCCUUCGAACGAAUACAUAGCCUGCACCGGUUCGAGCGACAAGACUGUGGGCCUCUGGGAUCUGCGCAACACCAAGGUCAAGCUGCAUAGCUUGGAGAGCCACACGGACGAGGUGCUGCAGCUGAGCUGGAGCCCCUUCCACGAGACGGUCCUUGCGUCUGCUGCGGCUGAUCGUCGGGUGAUGCUCUGGGACUUGAGUCGCAUUGGGGAGGAGCAGACGAGCGAAGAUGCGGAAGAUGGGCCGCCCGAGCUAGUCUUUGUGCAUGGUGGUCACACGGCCAGGACGACGGAUAUCGCUUGGAGCCCCGUGGCCCCUUGGCAUAUGGCGACUGCGGCGGAAGACAAUAUCCUGAUGGCCUUUUGCCCGAGCGAGAAUGCGCUGGGUGAGGCAGCGAGGCCGGCUGUUGGUGGGGCGGCUCAGACCAAGGCAGAUGGAGCAGCACAGAAGGAGGGCGAGAAGGAUGAGGACGAGGUGCCAGAGGGAGAGUUGGAGUGAGCAGGUGGUAUGAAGGGUGCUCGAAAUGUAGAAAGCGGGCAGGCAAGCAAUCUACCAAGUCAUGUCAAGUGAAGAUUGGCUCAUUACUUUGUCUCCAGCAUUGAGU